AUGGCUGGAAGAUACAACACGCAUGAAGCCAGAACCAUUUACGGCAAUUUUUUGAAUCUCAAAAAACUAGUGCUAGAAAAAAAGUUCUCUAUGGAUGGGGAGACUAUUGAAGUUUUACGGCAAGCCUUAUUCAGCUAUGUUGGACAAAUUGAUGAGCUGCUUUACCACCAUGAAGUUCGUGGUGCGCCGAAAGCUGAUGAACCCUCAGUGAAUGAGGAUUCCAGUCUCCACGACCUGUUUAAACGUUUGGAGAGUACAUCAGGCGCUCUCCGAACUGCGCCUCAGCAUCACGCCACCACCCUCUAG